AUGAUCGCAGGUCAGAGCUCCUUGUCAAAAGACAAGACGGAACAUGUCACUAUCUUCUCAUCACAGCCACCCAUCUUCAUUUUGCCAGUACAUCUCUCCCUAGAGGAACUGGAUGAGAUUGAAGGCCGAUUGAUAGAUCAUGGUGGAAGACUGACCUACGACAUCGUUGAAGCUGGCCUCGUUCUGGGGAAAGUCGGGCGCGCGAAGCGUGCAGCACUCGAACUGCGCACCCGCGGUGUUUGGACAGAGGAACUCAUACCCAGCUCAGCUUCGAAAUCAGCUGGUGAUGGUAUCGGACCUCCUCCCAAGCGCAGGCGCAGGAAUCAGUACGAUGAGACCAAGGAUUUCCCGGUCGAAAUUAUCGAUCUUAGUACUGAGUCUGAGGGCGAGGAUAGAGUUACGCAUCGACAUGACCCUUCAAAUCACCUAAUUUCGGAGAAAAAGGGCCAGGAGCUUCAAAAUUUCGUCACAGUGCUGAAGCUCGAGUGGAUGAAUACCUCUAUCAAAUCCGGCAAAUGUGUGUCCCAAGACCCCUUCGUCGUCUACCUUGGGCGAAAGAUCCCACCUCCGCCUCCCACAACAAAGGCAGAAAACAAGCAAGACCUACUCCAAAAAUCAAAUCAAAUCAUCCAGCGUGUAAAUCACGAUGCAAGUUUACCAACACCAAGAGCCCCUCCUCCAGACCACAUCUACGCACGACGCUCAAAAGAACCCCCCGGUGGAUCUUCCCAGCGCCCCCGGCCAUCCCUAUAUCGACAAACGACCUCAGAAUAUGAAGAAGAGGAAACGGAUGCACACCCACAGCCGGACUGGGUCCGCGACCAAGUCGUAUUUGCCUGCCUACGCUCAGCACCCCUGCACUCUCCAAACGAAGACUUCAUCUCGCAACUCGUGAAAAUCAGGCAAAUCCGCAAACUCACCCUCGACGAGAUCGGUGUGCGCGCGUACAGCACCUCCAUCGCAUCAUUGGCAGCAUAUCCCCAUCCCAUUCAGCGACCGAGCGAGAUCCUCGCUUUACCAGGGUGCAACGCCAAAAUCGCCGAGUUGUUUUCUCAGUUCCAGCAGCACGGUGGUUGCAACCAUACCGAUGACGAUGGGAACGUUGCCACUGCCGAUGCACUGGAGACAGAUCCCGCGCUCUGUGUUCUGAACUCGUUCUAUCAGAUCUGGGGCGUUGGAGCAAAGACCGCACGCGAGUUCUACCAGCGCGGCUGGCGCGACCUCGAUGAUAUUGUCGAGCAUGGGUGGUCUACACUCUCACGCGUGCAGCAGAUUGGAGUGAAAUUUUACGAGGAGUUCCAGCAGGGUGUUCCCCGUGCUGAGAGCGAAGGAAUUGCCACUGUAAUCCGGGAUCAUGCUGGUCGGGUCCGGCCGGAAGCCGGAGGUGGAUGUGGAAUUGAGUGUGUGAUUGUUGGCGGAUACCGUCGUGGAAAGGGACUCAGUGGUGAUGUUGACGUUGUAUUGUCUCAUCGUGAUGACGCGGUGACUCGGAACCUGGUUGUUGAUGUUGUUGCGAGUCUUGAGGCGGAACGGUGUAUUACGCACACGCUCUCUUUGCAUUUGACUUCUUCGCUGCGUGAGCAGCAGACGUUGCCUUUUGAUGGUGAUGAUACGAGAAAGUUUGAUACCUUGGAUAAGGCUUUGGUUGUUUGGCAAGAUCCGCACUUUGAUCCUACAAUACCUGGACAUGAUGGACAUCAGGGGGGAAAUCCAAAUAUCCAUCGUCGUGUGGAUAUUAUCAUAUCGCCUUGGCGUACGAUCGGUUGUGCUGUGCUUGGCUGGUCUGGUGACUUGACUUUUCAACGAGAUUUACGGCGGUAUGCGAAGAAAGCGCGCUCGUUGAAGUUCGAUUCGAGUGGUGUGCGAGAUCGAAGUACUGGAAGGCAGAUUGAUCUGGAACAUGAUGGAGAGACGUGGGAGGAGAGGGAGAAGCUUGUCAUGGAGGGACUGGGGGUAGGAUGGAGACCACCAGAAGAACGAUGCUCGAGAUAG